GUUAAUUGUUAAUUAUUGGAACGCGGAAUGUGCAUUCGGAAACUGGGUGGUAUCUGAAUUUUUGUAUCGGCAGACGGCAGUUGGAUGACUUGGAUCCAUUGGCCAUUGUUACGAUGUUACCGUAGAGACUCUAUCAGCGAAAAACCACUUUUCCUGUUCGGUACCCGUAUCUGCAACUUGUACAGUACGUGCAGCUUGCCUCCCAUCGACAGAGAUUUCCAGAAUGCCGGACAUCGUCCCAGAAGAAAUUUUGCGGAAUCCGCCGGUUCCUUACAAGGGGUCGCUGAUAUCGCUGUUUAGAUUGCUGCAGGAUUUCAUUCCGAAGAACGCGGGUUUCGUUGAACAGAAUGAGAAUUACCAGAUGCAGAUUAUUAAACUGUUGCAUACUGUGAAACUGGGUGGGAAAUCGAGGCGAAAAACAGAAAUGAAACGCAAUGCCAAUGGUCGGAAAGAGCAGGACGGAGCAGCUGAUGGAUCGACGCACUCAAGUGCCCAAGAGAACAUCCUUCGUGAGCGUUUUGCACAUGUUUUUAUGGAGCUUCUUAAGUUGAAGCUCUCUCGCGCGGUGCAUGUUAAGAUCUUGCUCCACAUCCAUGACCGCAUUAUACCAAACCUUUCCCGGCCAUUGUUUUUGGCCGACUAUCUGGUUACAAUAUUUUCCAAAGGCGGUCUGCUUAGCGUCCUCGCGCUGAAUGGUCUAUUUACUUUAAUUCAAACACAUCAUUUGGAUUUCCCUCAGUUUUAUGAGCGCUUCUACAUGCUUCUGACGAGUCAAAUUUUGGAAUCCAAGUACCGCGCGCGAUUUUUUCAUUUGGCCGAUUUGUUCAUGGGAUCCUCACAUAUUCCGGCAUACACGGUAGCCGCUGUGGCUAAACGAUUAUCGCGGUUGAGUUUAACUGCCCCAACAGAAAGCUUACCUUUACUGCUCAUCUUUACAAUGAAUUUAUUAAUACGACAUUCCAGCUUGAUUAUUAUGUUACAUAAUCCGGACGAUGCAAAUGAUAUCCGCUCUGAUCCAUAUGUGAUGAACGAAACCGAUAUGCAAAAGUGCCGGGCACUGCAAAGUUCGCUAUGGGAGCUAAAAACCUUAAAAGAGCAUUAUAACAUGCAAGUCAGAAAACUAGCCGAGCAUUUGGAUCAUCCGUUGCCAGAAACGGAAUUUGAUAUUAAUGGGUAUCUGGAAUUAGACUGUGAGGAGAUGGUCGACAUUAUCAGAGAAGAUGAGAAAGCAAAGGAAUCUUCUUUAGGCGAAUCUGACAGGAAAUUGAAAGCUAACAGUAAUGUUUUUGCCCUGUUUCCGACGAACGGUCUUUGUGCUAAUGUUUUUGUGAUUUAAAUUUUUUAAUGUUAUAUGUGGAUAUCAACAACGGUAUUAUUAUGUAUAAUAAUAAAUUGAACUGCGAAAUAAAUGUAACCAUGAUGG